AUGCUACCGAAUUCAAAAGUUGAAUCAAACGUUGAAGUGAAUAAUUCGCUAUCAGAUACCUCUAGUGAAAAUACUGCCCAUUUAAAAAGGAAUCUUAAAAACAGACAUGUUUCUUUGAUUGCAUUAGCAGGUAUUAUUGGUCCAGGUAUUCUUAUAGGUGCAUCUUUAGCACUUAAAAAUGGUGGUCCUGCAAGUUUAAUCAUUGGAUUUGGUUUCAUUGGUUUAGUUGCCUUUAGCAUGAUGCAAUCAUUAGGUGAAUUAGCAACAAUAUAUCCAACUGGUGGAGCAUUUUCUACGUUAGGUAAUAAAUUCGUAGAUCCCGCAUUUGGUGGAACCAUAGGGUGGAACUACGUUAUUGUCUGGGUUGCCGUUUUAGCUAAUGAAUACAAUACAGUUGGCUCCAUAUUGCAAUUUUGGGGUCCAGAAGUGCCAUUAUAUGGUUAUAUCUUGAUUUUCUGGGCAGCCUUUUUAGCAUUUCAAUUUUUGGGAGUUGGGGCUUUUGGUGAAGCUGAAUAUUGGCUUGCCUUGUUUAAGUUACUUGGUUUGGUCAUUUUCUACAUAUUUUCCAUAGUUUAUGUGGCGGGAGGUGUCAAAGGAAGACCAGCAUUUGGGUUCGAGUACUGGAACAAUCCUGGAGCAUUUAGUGAUGGUUUUAAAGGGGUAGCAAGUACAUUUGUGUUUGCGUCUACUUUUUAUUCGGGAACAGAAUCUAUAGCGAUCGCUGCUGCUGAAACUAGAAACCCAUCAACAGCUAUUCCAAACGCAAUCAAACAAACGUUCUGGAGAAUUGUUAUUGUUUAUAUGGGGAUUGCUAUUAGUUAUGGAAUGACUGUCCCUUAUAAUGAUCCAUCAUUGACUAGUGGCUCAAAAACAUUAAAGUCACCCAUGACUAUUGCUCUUGUCAGAGCUGGCUGGUCUCAAGCCGGUCACUUAAUUAAUGCAUUCAUCUUGAUAACAUGUGUAUCUGCUAUUAAUAGUUCGAUCUAUAUUGGAUCAAGAACGAUUGUUAAUUUGGCAGCUGAAGGAUUUGCACCUAAGAUUCUCCGCAGAGUUAACAGACAAGGUGUUCCUUAUAUGGCAGUAAUUUUAAUGAAUUUAUUUGGUUUGAUUUCUUUAAUGAACAUUAGUACUGGUGCUGCAGAUGCAUACGAGUAUAUUGUGAAUUUAUCAGGUGUUGCUGUUUUCAUUGUUUGGGGGGCUGUCUGCUUUAUUCACUUUAGGUUUCGUAAAGCAUGGAAAAUCCAAGGCAGAUCUACUGAUUUGAUACCGUAUAAGGCCUUAUGGUAUCCAUGGUUAGCAAUAUUUGGUUUCUUUUUUUGUAUAUUUUUAGGUUUGGUACAAGGCUGGUCUUAUUUUAAACCAUUUGAUGCUGCUAAUUUUGUUGAUAGUUAUAUUCUUUUACCUUUUUUUGUUGUGCUUUUCGUUUUCUUUAAAGUUGUUAAUAAAACGAAAUGGGUAAAACUUGACGAAGUUGAUUUAGAUGAUGGAAGAAGACAAGACAUCGACGUGAAAGAGGACAUUGAAAGUGAGGAAUAA